UUUUUCCAGAACUUCUCAGUCAGACCCAGUUAGUUAGAGACAGACAGAGCCAUGGCUUCAUCGCUGACCUGGUUGCUCCUCUUCAUCACCGUCCACUCUGCAGGUGGGUUUAUGUAUUAUAUGACACAACGUUGUGUGUUUAACUCCACUGAGCUGAAGGACAUCGAGUACAUCAUGUCCUACUAUUAUGACAAGUUGGAGUACACCAGGUUCAGCAGCAGUGUGGGGAAGUUUGUUGGAUACACAGAGCUGGGAGUGAAGACCGCAGAACAAUGGAACAGUGAUCCUUCAAAGAUAGCUAUGGUGAACGCUCAGAAGGAGGCCUACUGCCUGAACAACGUUGGUCUUAACUACCAGGUUGCUCUGACUAAAUCAGUGGCGCCGACGGUCAGGAUCUACUCCACCACGCCCCCUGCUGGCAGCCACCCCGCCAUGCUGGUCUGCAGAGUUUACGACUUCUACCCCAAAACCAUCAAGGUGAGCUGGCUCAGAGACGGACAGGAGGUCACCUCUGAUGUCACCACCACCGACGAGAUGGAGGACGGAGACUGGUACUACCAGGUCCACUCCAACCUGGAGUACACGCCCAGGUCUGGAGAGAAGAUCUCCUGCAUGGUGGAACACGCCAGCCUGAAGGAACCUCUGAUCACUGACUGGAAUCCGUCCAUGUCUGAGGCAGAGAGGAACAAGCUGGCCAUCGGAGCUUCAGGACUGAUCCUGGGUCUGGUUCUGUCUCUGGCUGGGUUCAUCUACUACAAGAGGAAGGCCAGAGGACGGAUUCUGGUUCCAACUAACUGAGCCUGGAUGGUGGUUCUGGUUCUGUCAGAUGUUUCUGCUUCGACCCGCCUUCAGUUUCCAGCUGACAGAAGAUUCUGUCUGAACUGGACCUUCUGACCCUGAUCCAGAACCUCCCCAGAACAAGUCACAGCGGUGUCAGUUCCUUCAGGACGGGUUCUAUGGUGGUUCUGGUCCUGGUCUGGACUCUGGUUCUGUCUCAUGUAAUCAUCCUGAGUAAUCAUCUGAAACCUUCAGCUCCUCUGAUUAUAUUUUAUUACAUUUUUGUUGUUCUAAACCCAAAUAAACUGUCAGAACCUCC